GAAGGAGAGCAGUCACACCUGCAGUAAAUCAUUGGUAAUCCCCGAGAGCAACUGUGGACAUUUGUCAGCUCAGGUCCUUCCUGCAAUUUUUCAUUUCAAUGCAUCCACACGUUACACGUGUGCAAGUUGGACUGCACCCUUGAACACGUCUUCGGCCACCACCUGAGUCACUUUUGACUGACUGCUGUGUGGGAGUCGCGUACAGAAAAACGUCUCAUAAUGACGUCGAAUGGAUAUGUAAAACACUUCCCUGCGUGGAUCAGUGUAUAGCAGAGGCGACUUGGAGCUUGCAUCGGUUCUGACCAUCUGCGAACUCAAAUUCGAUGGCGGGCGGGGGGGGGAAUCAAUUAAGUGACGUUCCAUUUCCAAAGUUUACAGACGUCGAACGUAUUCAAAAUAGCCGUGUAAUUUUUUUCCACCCCCAAAAAAGAAGAGAGAGGCUGCUGACAGAGACUACUUGUACGCAACAGUGCCAGGAGACAGGGAGUCUUUGAGGGCUUCGGGAGCGGACCAGACCGGCAUAUCAAUUAGAGAUCACUGAAGAGCCUGGUUGGGUCCAACCAUCGGAUAAACCACAAGGAAGGUAGACAAAGAGUGAUGGCUGAAGGGAUGGCAGGAGAAUAAAUGUGAAAAAUAUUCUUUUUUCCCCCCUGUCGAGCCACGUGUGCGCACGGCCGCCAAGAAAAAAAGGCGCAGGAGCUCCUUUCGCACUUGCUGAUUUUGCGUUGCGCAUAUGUGACGGACGUGGCGGAGGAAGCAGGGGACGGUGGGAUUAGACACUGCUUCUCCCAAGAUGAGUACUUCAAUGGCUUCGACAAUGAACACCAGCUUCUUGGUUCUGGCUGUUUGUUCUGCGGUAUUUUUCACUGGGCUGCAGUGCACCUUGCAGAGGACCACAGCAGAGGCGACGCAUGACUUCACGGCCGUUAACGUUGAUGCGAGCAACACCGUGGAAAAUGGGGGUAAACGAGACUUAAAUCAGACAAUGAACUCUCGGUUGAAGAGGAAAACCCUGGCUGUGGAUUUUGCGGUUCCUUCUUUGCUGCGCUUUUACCUCUCGGAGUUUAUUAAGAGACCCUUAAACGGGGACUGUCAGACUUUGAGAGAAUGUUACACAGUGAGUGCAAACUUAAAAAUGCACUGCAUACCUUUACAGAAAACCAUUUCCACCUUUGUCGACCAAAGGUCUGCUAUAUCUGCAAGAGGUAACACAUCUUUUGAUGGAGAACUCCCUUUCUUUUCCAAGCGACCUCUGUCCAAAGUUCUGAAAUUUGGUUUAACCAAAGCAAGUCGCAAAUCAAAUCAGGUGGUGGUGGAAAUAGGAGAGGAUAUAAUCAGAACGGGAUGUGGUGGGUUGUCUGUUUAUGAGGAGGCACCUGUGCUCACCCUGGAAAUGGACCUCACAACAAUUCUGGAGUGGUGGCUCAGUGCAGAUGGGGGCCGACUGAGAGUUAGGCUCAUGCCUGAGAAAAAGGCACAGGUUCCUGGGAUAGAAGACCGCUACACUGCAGCCAUACGUGCAGCAGACCCCCGUCUGUUUCUCCAGAUUUUCUCACGGGGUGAGCCAUUGGGGGAAAGAACUGGCAUUCCUCAAGGGUACUGGAGUUUUUCCUGGGUUGCUGAGGAUGAUCUUAGCUUUCCCAACUACUGGAUGCCCAUGUCAGAUCCCCUGUGCGAUGGAGGCAAAAUGUGUGACCAGAAUAUAGGUGGUGCCCCUGAGUUUACAUGGAUCAUCGUGGCUACUGGGGAUACAAAAGAAGAGCACAACCAAAAGACCACACAGAAGGCUGGAAGUCCCCAAGGGUGGGAGGAAGGUAAGAUUGAAGGUCAGUUCUUUUGGGUGAACGGUACCUCCUUUGGGGGGCCCUGGGUGCUGAGUCCUUGGUUGCGGAGUGGACCAAAUCCUUGCAGCAUCGACAUGGCCCUGUAUUUGAAUCCCAAGCAAAGUGGACAAUACACCAUAUGGCUCAUUGAGCGGGAUAAGACACAACUUGCUCUCUUCUCAACUGACACACUACCUCAGAUCACAGGCUGGGCUGUGGCUCACCUCACUUUGAGGACCCAUGGGGGAUCACCUUUCCGGAUCUCAGCUAGCUAUGACCAGCGGACACUUGAUGACAUGGCUAUGAUUGAGCCCAACUUCACCACAAACUGCACCAUGGCUUCCUCAGCAGGCCCUACCAUCACACUUGAGGGCAAAUACCAUUGCCAUGAAGGACGUGCAAUCCCACUGGACAAACUAUGCGACUUCAGAAAAGACUGUCCACUUGGAGAUGAUGAGGGAGAGCAAUGUCGCCGCUUCCUCAAUGGCAGCUACUGCUCUUUUGAAGAGGACGAGUGCGGUUGGCUGUCAGUAAUGGGUGUCCCCUGGAGAAGACUCCAGUAUCCGAGCAAGGCUACUAGAAAGGCUUGCCCAUCCACAGGUGCAACACUCAGUGUGGAGGGGAGCCAGUUAAAAGGCCAACGUCACUCAGCAUCACUCAGGAGUCCUCUUUUUCCGCCUCCUUUAAGAAAUUCCCCAUGCAUGGUGCGGUUCUGGAUGUGUUCUGGAGGUGCACAGAAGGGGUCGCUUUCUUUGUGGAUAGCAGAGAACAGCACGGGCCCUAAGGACCAGCGCCAACUGUGGCACUCAGCCAGUGAACCUACGUCUAAGAACGGCUGGAACCUCAUCACAGUUCCACUUUAUGGGCUGGCUGACUGGUUCUGGCUUAUUUUUAACUCAGAAGAUGGACCGGGAUUUGGGCAUGGGUCCGUUAUGACCCUUGACAACAUCUCCUUCAGUAUGAACUGCUUCUUGGCUUCAAAUGGAGAGUUUCCACCGGUGCACAGAAGCGCAACGAGGUUGCCUAUCAGACCGCUGAUCACUCCCACAACCCCAUCCAUUGGGAUUCCUCUGAUGAACUUCCCUACUACAGAUUACUCUCAUAAAUGGAUUUUUAACACCUGCGGUGCUGGCGGCCCAGAAGGUCCAACUCCCUCCCAGUGCUUCAAUUCCUAUAAGAGCAGCAAAAUGAAUGUGACCGUGGGGACCCGGGGGUCCUUUAAAGGCAUUCAAAUGUGGCAGGUCCCUGAGACUGGCACAUACAGGAUCACAGCCUUUGGUGCAGCAGGCGGCCGAAGCGUUAUGGCCAUGAGUAGAUCACAUGGCAUCUACAUCGCUGGUGACUUUCUGCUGAGGAAAGGAGAGCUGCUUUAUAUCCUGGUUGGUCAAAAAGGAGAAGAUGCAUGUCCCAAUUCCAAUGCUGUGCUGAAUAAGAUCUGCUUGGAACAGACUGGCCCAAUGCUGAAUAAGACUCAAGUGAAAGGUGGAGGUGGAGGAGGGGGUGGUGCUACCUAUGUAUUCAAGGUGCUUAAUGGGAUUCACAUCCCCCUCAUCAUUGCUGGUGGGGGAGGGGGCCGAGGCUACAGCAGCCAAUCAGACAGCCAGCUCGAACAGAUGGACUAUGACCUCAGCCAACCAGGUCGCAACGGCAAGUCAAAUGCUGCUGGUGGGGGUGGAGGAUGGAAUGCAACUGCUCCUGUCAGUCAGGGUGGCAGACCUUUGCUGCUGGGAGGGCAGGGAGGACAGCCCUGUCAGAAGUUCUGGCAGACACGAGGUGGCUUCGGGGGUGGUGGAGGUGGCUGUAUGGCUGGAGGCGGUGGUGGAGGCUACAGAGGUGGUAACACCUCAUUAAAUGAUAAUCCCAAACAUGACGGUGAUGAUGGCACGUCCCUCUUCGGUCCAGCUGGAGAGCCAUACCUAUAUCCUCUGAAAGCAAUUGAAAGCGAUGGGGAAGUGAUCAUCAGUCCAGUUCGGAACUGCAGUCACUGUGAAAGCGGUGAAUGUCAAGACAUGAAAGGAGACAUCUGCUACUGUGAUGAUGACCUCAUCCUGGCAGGAGAUGGCAUAUCCUGUAUUAACUCCACAGAGGUGAGCCUGCUGCCUGCACAGCCGUCUCUCUCCCACCUGGCGCUAGGUCUUUCUGUCGGGACCUCGGCCCUUAUCGCUGCCCUGCUGCUGGCUGUCUCGGGAGUCAUGAUAAUGUACAGACGUAAACACACAGAGCUGCAGUCAAUUCAGCUGGAGCUCCAGAGUCCAGACUGCAAGCUCAGUAAACUACGGGCAUCUACCAUCAUGACUGACUAUAAUCCAAACUACUGCUUUGCUGGCAAGACGGCGUCAGUAAACGACCUUAAGGAAGUGCCACGACGCAACAUCUCCCUCACCAGGGGCCUUGGUCAUGGCGCGUUUGGUGAAGUAUAUGAGGGACUGGUAGUGGGGAUACCAGGCGAACCGAGUCCGCUCCAUGUGGCAGUUAAGACCCUUCCCGAGGUUUGCUCUGAACAAGAUGAACUGGACUUCCUUAUGGAGGCUCUAAUUAUCAGUAAGUUCAGCCACCAGAACAUUGUGUGCUGUGUUGGGGUCAGUCUGCAAGCAAUGCCCAGGUUCAUACUGCUGGAACUGAUGACCGGAGGAGACCUCAAGACCUUCCUCAGGGAGAUGAGACCCAGAUUGGAGCAGCCGUCCAGCCUGACCAUGGUUGACCUUCUCAAUGUAGCGAGAGACAUCGCCAAGGGCUGCCAGUAUCUGGAAGAGAAUCAAUUUAUCCACAGGGAUAUUGCAGCUCGUAAUUGCCUGCUGACUUGCAAAGGACCAGGUCGCGUGGCCAAGAUUGGAGAUUUUGGAAUGGCUCGGGAUAUUUAUAGAGCAAGUUAUUACAGGAAAGGUGGCCGUGCUAUGCUCCCAGUAAAGUGGAUGCCACCUGAAGCUUUCAUGGAGGGCAUCUUCACAUCAAAAACAGACACAUGGUCAUUUGGGGUUCUGCUAUGGGAAAUCUUCUCACUAGGCUACAUGCCUUAUCCAAGUCGCAGUAAUCAAGAAGUACUGGACUUUGUAACCAACGGUGGAAGAAUGGACCCACCCAAAAAUUGCCCUGGGCCAGUGUACCGUAUAAUGACUCAAAGUUGGCAGCACCAACCAGAGGACAGGCCGAAUUUCUCAACUAUACUGGAGAGAAUUGACUACUGCUUGCAGGACCCUGAUGUGGUGACCAUGCCUUUGCCUAUCGAAUACGGACCAGUUCAGGAAGAAGAGGACUGUGUACCAAUACGCCCAGACAAUCCCUCAGGUGCGACGGUGCUGGUGAAUGCUCAAGUGCCUGAUGGGGAACUUUCUCAGCCAAGUCCAUGCUACCACUCAGAUGAGAGUCAUAGAGGAGCGGAGCAUACAGCCGAGUCCAAAGCACAGACGGCAUCUCAGCCUCAAGCAUACCUCCAUUCGCACCAGCAACCUCACACACACACUACUGUCGUCACCUCCGCAGCAACAUCCACGCUCACUGCCAAGGCACCCUCCCAGCCGGGCCCGGAGGGAGGACACAUCAACCUGGCUUUCACCCAGGGUCAACCAGCAGAGAAGGAGAGUCAGACUGGGAAGAGCACCAGUUUGUGGAACCCUACAUACGGCUCAUGGUUCCUGCAGCAGCUACAGAGGAAGCAGCAGCAGAGGCAAAGGGGGGUUCUGAGUGUGGGAGGCAGUGGGGGCAGAGUGCCUGGGGAAGGGCAAGAACAUGUGGGAAGGACUGUGGCUGAGGUGGCUGGGUCCAUGGGUCUCCAGCAUAAGUUUCAACAUCAGCACCAGCUUCAGAUGCUGCACCAGCAGCAGCAGCAGGGUCUUUGCAGACCGCUGCUAGCACCUCCACCUCCAGCCACCCAGUCUCCACUCCUUUUAGAUUCAGGCACUUUGCCACCAGGUCCCCUCUACAGACUGAGACGUUUCCCCUGCGGGAGUAUCGGAUACGGCUACCAGGAGCAAGGCAUUUCGAUGGAGGCCAAUCCUCCUCCGCUCCCUUCCUCCCAACAGAGUGCAUCAGCAGCCCUCCAGAGGGUCCCCGCGUUAGUGUCUCUUCAUUCAGGAUUAUCAGAGGACAGCCGGCCACUCUUAGUCACCAUGGGGACAGUGCAGGACACCCGUCUGCCCAGAAUGGAAGGUCAUAACGCCACUGUGCUUUAGUGAAUAUGCGUGUACAGUUUAAUUCACUUCUAACUUUUGGCAACUGCUUUUCGGACUGCACGACAUCAAGCGUCGUGUCGGCAAAUCCUACCAUCCUUUGGUUUCUCCCUCCGGUUUGGAAGCGGCCUUUUAAGCAUACCCAAGCACUCAAUCCGUUCAUCUUUUAUAAUAAGAAACCCGCGGAGUGUAAAAUCCCCAACUGAACAUUAAAGCACAUCAGAGAACACUGGAUGGCAAAAUGAAUUCAAAGACUAGUUUUUAUGCCCACAAAAUGUAUUUUUUCAUCGUAAAAGGAGCAUGACUGGAUCCUCACAGAACAGAGUUUAUAGCAAAUAUUUAAGUUUUUCUGUGUCGCUAACUGACGGUUCAGGCGACAACAGAAUGGGCAAUUAUUCUGGUGGAACCUCGAAAGCGCGCCCACUGCAUACUUUGAUUCACAAACUCUGAUGACUGUGGAGACCAAUUUAAAAAGUUGCCAGCCACAUGUUUAAUUUCGAUUGCAGAACCCCAAAAUUGGCAGCAUCCUUCAUGGAGCACACACACACACAAAAAGAUGACUUCUAAUUUUUCAGAAUCAUAUGUUGGAUUUUAAACAUUUGUACUAAAAUGAAAAACUAGAAAAAUGUGUUUGUUGAUGUUUUGCUUGCCUGCUUGUUUAUUUAUUCAUUUGUUUAUUUAUUAUUUGGAUGUGGUUCUAUAAAUUAUAAAUGAAAAGCUCCAUAGUACAAGCAAAAUCACCCUGUAUCAGUUUAAUCUCACUUCAUGUUUUAAGCUUUUGGAAAAUGAGUAAGGGCAAAAACCUAUGAAUAAUCGAGAAAGACAGAAUCUAGCAAAAGUAUCGACUCUACAAAGUUGAACAAACAGUAACCACAUGCAAUCCCACAUAUCCUUUUGCCCUUUUAUAUUGGAUGCAGGAACAAAUUUGAUGCAGGUAAAGCAGGGAUUAUUAAUAGGCACCCUCAGAAACAAUCUGUUCUUUGUUGUUGCUCAACUUGAAAUAAGUCACCCCUGCUGCUGCAAAAUCCAACCACAAACUUAUAUCUUAUGUUCAUGACUUCACUGUGUUGAAGACACGGAGGUCUUUCUUUCCUUACGGCUUUUCACAAAUACGUUCCAUUUUUGUGUCUGGUUAUAGAAACAGUGGUUAUUGCUGAAUCAAUGUUAACCUUCAAAUUUGAUAUCUCAAAAGCACUUCGACAUUUACAUAUUUUGUCUUUUUUAUUACCGAAUGAAUGUCGUGGAAUACAAAUGAGUAUGAAUGGAGAAACUACUUUUUCUCUCUGUAUUAAAACAGUGGUUGACAUCUGAGUUCCCUUUUCAGUGUUAGGCCAGACAAAUACAGCCCCAAGUCGUUUACAUUUCAGUAAGUGAAAAUGUCACUUCUUA